AUGAGUGAGCGGGGCUCGGAGAUUGUGUUUCGCGCGGAGAACGUGCCGAUCCGGUUCUUCAAAGCAUGCCGGUGGUGUCGCCGACAGAAGAUGCGAUGCGAUGCACGUCAUCAGAUCCAAUUGAAGAUGGCCGUCGGCGCAGUGAUCGCCGACGAAAAGCUACCCCUUCACAUGGCUCGGGAGCAAGAAUUUUCUCCGAUCGCUGGACAGGAUGUGAGCUUUGAUGCUUCAAUUGACUCCCUUCCAGAUUCUUCGGGAUUGAGGGACUUGCGCAGAUCUGUGACGGUCGAUCACAACGGCCCCGAGUCUCAGCAGUUGAGUCCGAAUGAUAUGAUUGCGCCGCAGUCCGCAGUCCAUUCUAUGUCAGUCAACUUGCUUGGGUCUAACAACAUAUUUAUGGAGAACUCAACAAAUGGUGACCCAAGAGGCGAUAUCAUCGCCCGUGGUAUUGUCACCGAAGAAAGAGCUCGCGUCAUGUAUGAAAGAUUUACCGGUGGGAGUAAGAAUUUCUUGCCUCUCUUUGAUCCUAUUCGUGAUACAUUCGACUCUAUCCGGUCACGAUCCUUGUUUUGCUUCACGGUCAUAAUCUAUCUUGCCAGUCGAGCAGUCAUAGACCUACGUGGGGAUACCCAUAUGCAAUGCGUGCUUCAGGACGAAGCACAACGGCUUGCGGAAGACAGCUUCUUUGAAAGGCCCACGAAACUUGAAACUGUGCAGGGAAUGAUUCUCCUCGCUGCUUACUCAGAGAAGACCUGGUUCUCAACUGCACUCAUCCUGCGCACGGCUUUAGAUUCUGGUCUCGAAAAGUCGUUGGACACAUUGCUCUCACAGGAAAACAUACCUCGAAGCUCACUUGCCGCGACUAUGGACGAUCGCCAAUUAGUGUGGCAAACACGGACCUGGCUCAUUACUUUCACGUUGGAACUCGACGUGGCUUCGGGAACCGGUCGCAAAUCGCGCAUUGGGGAGGUAGAUAUUACAAAACUGCGCAAAUUCUUGGACUAUCCUCUCUCUUUACCGUGUGAUAUGCGCACUGUUUGUAUUAUCGAGAUUCAUCAACUUCGAGGUCACUCGCGCAUGAUAUUAGAGAACGCAGGAACAGUCCGUGAUAUAGUACUAACGGAACUUCCAGCCAUCAUGACAAGGUUUCAAAAUUGGUGGACAACUUGGGACGAGAUUCAUAUGACUGACGAGUACAAAGACAAUGGCUUUCAUGCUGGAGCGUUCCAACGGAGUAGCCUCAAACUGAUGUUACUAUACGCUAGAAUCUUUGCACUGUGUGCCUCGUUGGCACGCAUACAGAAACUGCAGCCUACUGGCUCCAACUCCGAAUCAGAAGUCAUUGAUCAGAGUGUAAUGAAUCUGUGGCAAUCUUUAGUCACAACCAUUAUGGAUCAACUCGCAUUCCUGAUUAAUGAGCCAUCCUAUCGAUGCCAGUUACCUUGGGCUCCGACCUACCCGGCUUUGACCAUGGCAUUUGUCACCACAUUUGCACUUCGCAUCGCGCGGUGGCAACCAAACCUUAUUGAUCAAGACCUUCUUCUUGAACGAGCGGAGAAGAUGUGUGACUUCUUGAAGCAGCCCCCAUAUCCAGAUAUCCACCGUACUGUCUCGAUAUUCGUUAAUUAUGCACGAGCUCUUAUUGCAAGUCAGCGCCCUGGAAGCCACGAUAGCGACGGUCCCAACUUGUCCAGUCAAGGCGAUGCCACCAUGUCCUCAUACGCAGGCCCCGAUAGCCCUGUGGACAAUGCCCCGCAUCUGGCGCCCUUGGAUGGGCCGCGGUACAGGGCCGGCACAGCUAUGCCGAGUGAUAAAGAUCCUAACUUACUACCCAUGGCAAACCCCGAUGCUGCAGCUGCAGCUGCAGCUGCCAGACCUCCUCUUCCACGGCUGCCCGACACAAUGGAAGCCCCCAACUGGACCAUGUCUAAUUCCAUCGCGGACUCAUUUGGUCUGUUCGAGGAAGGGCAAAACGACAUCUUCGAUUUCUUGCCUAUGAUGCCUUCUUUGCCACAGUGA